UGUCGUGUUGAAUGUGGUGCGUACCAUAGGUGCGUACUUCACAGUGGUUCAGUGGUCGUAAUAAAUUGUUAAUUGUCAACUGCACAAUAUUGAUAAGUUCGUUGAUCUGGUUUGCUGAGAAUUGAUAAUUAAAGAGUGAGAAAUAUCUCUUUCAUGUUGGUGUCUUCAGCGUUUCUUUGCGAAAUCGUUUAGUAUGUCGAAUCAGCAAGCUCAGGCAGGAGAGAAAGAGCCGGGAACGAGUCAGCCAGAUGCAUAUUUCGACGAAGUUAGCGGUCUAAGGGAGAAAUACGACUCGCAUAUAUUACCGGCUGACUAUAAAUAUAAAGUUGAACACCAUUACCCAGACUAUUACAAUCCCAGAUUUGUGAAUAUCCCGACUGUCAUUGUUUUGGUUGGACUGCCUGCAAGAGGAAAGACAUAUGUUGCAAAAAAAUUGGGACGAUAUCUAAACUGGAUUGGGAUUAAAACAAAAGUCUUCAAUGUCGGGGAAUAUCGAAGAAAUGUUGUUGGAGCUGAUAGAAAACAUGACUUCUUUCGUGCAGAUAACACUGAAGCUAUAGAAAUACGCAGACGAUGUGCUAUGGACGCGUUAAAGGAUGUCGCUCGGUGGUUUUCAAAUCGUGAAGGAUUUGUUGCGAUAUUCGAUGCAACGAACACAACACGGGAAAGGCGUAAAAUGGUUCUGGAUUUCUGUGAAGAACGCGGUUAUAAGGUUUUCUUUAUCGAAUCAGUUUGCGAGGACGCCGAGAUUGUCUCCGAGAAUAUAAGGGAGGUGAAGGUUUUCAGUCCGGACUACAAGACAAUGCAGAGUGACGAGGCGGUCGAAGAUUUCAAAAAACGUAUUGAACAUUAUAAAGCAACAUACGAACCAUUAUCAGUGGAAGCAGACGAGCAGUUAUCGUUUAUAAAGAAUAUAAAUUGUGGUCAACAGUUUGUCGUUAACAGGAGCCAUGGCUAUGUCCAAAGUCGUGUCGUCUAUUAUCUCAUGAACACUCACGUUCAACGAAGAUCUAUAUAUCUUACAAGGCACGGAGAAAGCUUGUAUAAUCUUGAACAACGAAUUGGGGGCAAUCCAGACCUAAGUCCAGGUGGUAAAGAGUUUGCGAUGAGACUUGGUGAGUAUAUGAACAAGCAGAAGAUUCCAAACCUUAAGGUGUGGACAAGUCAACUGAAGAGAGCUUUUCAUACGGCUGAAAGUAUCGAUGCCCCCAUUGAACAGUGGAAAGCCUUGAAUGAAUUAGAAGCGGGCAUAUUUGACGGUAUGACGUAUGACGAAGUGCAGGAGAAAUAUCCCGAAGAACAUGACCAACGGUAUCAAGAUAAGUUUAAAUACAGAUCACCGCGAGGAGAGUCGUACAAUGAUCUGAAGGUGAGAUUGGAGCCAGUUAUUAUGGAGCUUGAAAGACAGCAGAAUAUACUUGUUAUUUGUCAUCAGGCAGUUCUUCGAGUUUUACUUGCAUAUUUUUUGGAUCAUCCCUCAGAUCAGUUGCCAUACAUGAGAGUCCCUCUUCACACUGUAUAUAAACUUACACCCAUAGCCUUCGGAUGUCGUGUAGAAAAAAUUGCUAUUGACGUUGAUGCUGUGGACACACACGUUCCUCACCCCAGCAGGGCAAGCAAGGGAGAAGAGUCGCCGCUUAGCCAGAGCCUAUCGACAUAGACUGAAGUUAGCUAUCCACCGUGCAGUUAUAUAGAUCAUGUGAACUAAACGUAUUUAACCAAUCUGUGCUUGUGUAAAAUUAAUGCAAUAAUGCUAUUUUAUAAAAUAUAAUCCGAUAUCUCUAAAAAUACACAGCAAGACAACUAUAUAAAACAUUUUAAUAGCCCUAUUUAUCAGAAAUAUAUAUGAACUGCCUGAUUCAUCGCGUGUAAAAAUUACAUUUUAAA